AUGGCUUCCUACUACCAAACGGGACCGUCAGCGCUGCCGCAGCAACUGCAGUCCACGCCGCCAGCUGUGCCCGUCUCCAUCACCAUCUGCGGCGAUGGUGGCUGCGGCAAGUCGUCCAUUACGCUGCGCCUGGUGCGCUCGCAGUGGACGUCCGAGUACGACCCGACCAUUGAGGACAACUACUCGGUGACGCGCCGCGUCGACGGCACCACCUACACGCUGUCGCUGACGGACACGGCCGGCCAGGAAGAGUACCGCAGCAUGUGGGCGAGCUCCAACCUGGGCGCCGACGCCUUUCUCCUCGUUUACGACAUUACCUCGGCCGACUCGCUUGACGAGCUGCAGUACUUUAACGACUUGAUCGACAUGGAGGCGGAGACGCGGCUAGACAAUGCGGAGCGCGCGCGGCGGGCCGGGCUGCCCGGCGGCGGGGUGGCUGUGGGUGUGGAUGGUAAAAUGUCCAAAAACUCGAGGCCGGCGCCGAGGGUCGUGCCUCCGGUCAAAAUUGUUGCCGGCAACAAGUGCGAUCUUCAGCAGAGCAGGCAGGUGCCGGCCGCGGUCGGCCUCGACUGGGCGCGCAAGCGUGGGUGCGGCUUCAUGGAGACGAGCGCGCGGCUCGAGGUGAAUAUCGAAGAGACGUUUGCGCUGCUGGUCCGGCGCGUCAUGGAGCGCAGGCAGCUCGCCCAGAUGGGCAUCCUCGACAACACGGAGAUGAAUGCGCGGGGCAUGACGAAGCCCCUGACGCCGCUGCCGCACGAGCAUGGCGCGGCGGCGCCGGAGAAGCGCGGCGGUAUGGGAGGGCCGCGCAUCACUGGCGAGCGCUUUGGGCGUGGGAAAGGCGGGUUCUGGAAGAGGUUGCGAUGUUGGUAA